GGUUGGAUGCCGAGUGUCGGCGAAGGGGCAAGGGCAAUGGUGCGGCUGUCCGGGGAGAGUUGAGCCGGAGUCGGAGGCGGGUUCGCGUCAGCUCCAGGUCCUCCGUCGAGGUCCUUCAGCCCUGCGCACAGGCAACCACGGGACCGGCAUCGCGGAGCUCGGCGAUGAUGAAGGGGACGGUGGGCAGCCCGGUGGCUGCCGUCAUGCAGGAGAGUUUCGGCUGCGCCGUCGCCAACCGCUUCUACCACCUUCUGGACGACGAGUCGGACCCCUUCGACAUCCUGCGGGAGGCCGAGCGGCGCCAGCAGCAGCGCAAGAAGCGUGAGGAGGCGGAGGGUGCCGCCGGCAGAGCCGGUCCCAGGACGGGCGGCGGCAAGAAGGAGUCCCAGAAGGAUCGCAGGCAGACCGGGGCGCCGCCGCAGCCAGGCCAGAAACAAGCAACAAAGCGUGGAGAAAAGCAAGGAUUCAGUAACAGAGGAGCAGAAGUGAAGCAAGACAAAACUGAUUGGAGACCAUCAUUCAGGGAAUACCGUUCCUAUGAAACAGAAAGACAAGUGGAAUUCACAGUGGAAAGACCAAUUGAAAGAUUAGGUGGUGAGAAGCCAAUAAGAGGUCGUGGUGGAGGAAGAGGUGGAAUGCGAGGUAGAGGAAGGAGUGCUGGAGUAAAUAGAAGUUUCAAUGGCUUUGACCAAAGAGGAAAACAGGAAUUUGAAAGACAAAGUGGGAAUGUUAAAAUGGGAAUGGCAACAGAUGGCAAAAAGGGUGGAGGUGGAGCUCGCAACUGGGGAGCAGUUAAAGAUGACACAAGUGGGAUGGAACAGACUGCUCCUGUGGAAGAGAUGGCAGAAACAGCUGAGCAGCCAGGGACAUCUGAAGGAGAACUUCUGAACAAAGUUGCUGAAGGAAAGCCAAUGGAAGAAGUAGUUCAAGAAAUGACUUUAGAUGAAUGGAAAAAUCUUCAGCAACAGAAUCGACCGAAGCCUGAAUUCAACAUCCGGAAGCCAGAAUCCACUGUUCCUUCCAAAGCAGUGGUGAUUCACAAGUCAAAAUACAGUGAUGAUUUGCAAAAAGACUUGGAAGAUGACUCUCAUAUCUUUCGAAGACCAGUGAAUGACAUAACAUCUCAGCUGGAUAUUAAUUUUGGGAGUCUUUCUCGCCCUGGCCGUGGUUCAAGAGGAGCACGAGGUGGUCGUGGUCGUGGCAGACAAGUUGAGGAGGCAGGACCUCAUUCACAAGUGGUGGUGCAGCUUGUUGCUCCAAAUCCUAAUGAUCCUGAGGAUUUUCCAGCUUUAGCUUGAAGCGCUGACCUCAGAUGGUAGUAUCUUGGUGUAGCUGUGGAGACCAGUUUUAUGCUGGUGUGGAUAAACAAAGUCUGUUCCUACUGGAAAAGCUGUUUGGGUGUUUGGUGUGGACUGCAGCCUUCUGCUAGCGAGUUGGGUUCUGGAGAUAACAGGUGGACUGGUAUCCUGUCACAGGUUCCAGUGUCUGCCUCCAUUUGAUAAAAUUGUGUAAACUCUUACACUACUUCACUACAAGGUUUCAAAUGAAGUUCAGGAGUACAGUGUUUAAAAAUGUGUAUCAAGUGAUAUCAAGUUCUCCAUGUCACCAUGGUGAAAAGGAAAAUGUACAACAUGAUCUGCAGUUGAGAAUGUUUCACUCUACACUUGUAAGCUACUUUUCCCUGUUCCUUUGGAUGAAGUACGUGUUUCACAUGGUCACAAGCUGCAGUUCUUCAGCAUUUGGCAAAUAAAAGAAAUUGCUCAUUGGUUUGGGUUUGAGGUAUUAUUUUUGCAACUCUGAAUAGCAGAUUGAAGCUUUUGCUAUUUGAAUGUAGUCUGAAAACCUAAACAGCAGACCCAACCCAAAACAGUGAGCAUCUCUCUAAACAGAUGUGAUCUUUAAAAUUAAGGCAGCACAAAUGCUUUUGAUAGCUAAUUAUGUGUUACGUCAGUAACAAGAUAUAACUUGCAGCCACUUUGGAGAUGUUGAGAAUGAAGUAAUAUAAGAAUUUUGAGCUAAAGACUAAACUAAACUGUUAGGGAGUCUUUUAAUUUUAACAGGAGCAACUACAAACUAAGAUGUUUCAUGCCUUACCAAGAAGUUGGUGUGACUUUGGGGAUGAGGUGGUGUGUCUUUUCCUUGUAGCUUUAACCCCUUCUUCUCAGAGCCAUUCUUUGAGAGAAAGAAGGAAAUGGUGCCAGAAAUGAUGAGGGUAAGAAAUAAGAAGACAAACACACUGGACAUUUUGGAUGUAGCUGUUGGUCACAAAGAAGUCUCUAGAUGCCUGCUCAACUUGAAAUCGUUCUUUCAGUCUGGGAAAGCAGACGAAUAUAAAACCUUCUUUUUUUUUUCCUGUU